AUGGCUUCGGAGGAGAUCAAGCACCAGGGCGAUGAGCCCUGGUUUCUCAAGUCUCACUUCCCUGUCCUCGUCCCCUCCCACCCGGCUCUCCUCCUGGCGCGAGAGGAGUUCGAUGACUUCGUCUGCAAGGAUGUCGCAGCCCCGGAACGCUCUGAUGAGAACGAGAAAGAAGAUGACACUGAUCUGACGGUGGUCAACACCCCUCCCUCAACUACCGCAGAGGUUCGCAAGGCCCUCGGCGAUGUCACCCUCAACACUCUCGACCACGACAUCGAGAUGUCCACAGAUGGCGACGACACGAAGAAGCAGACCGAGCCACAGCACCCUUUCAUCAAGGGCCUCGUCUCUGCCAAGGCUGAUGUGCAGGCCCCAAUGCUAGACACGGAGAACAAGAUGUUGACUGAGAAUGCCGACGUCGCCUUCCGCUCCACUCUCGAUCCCCUCCUCGACCUCUUCUCAGAGCUGGAGGACGUCAUCGCCCCCAACCUGCUCCGCGAGAGGCUCGAUGCCGCAUGGGCAUGCGACGAGCUGGCCACGCUCAAAAUCAUCUUCAACGCGCGAUCCAUCCAUCUCGGCAAGAGCUCCAAGUCGGUCUUCUACCGCGCCGCUGGCUGGCUGUACAAGAACCACCCCGCCACUCUAGUCGCCAACCUCCGUUGGCUCAGCCGCCCCGUCAUCGAGAAGAAGGUCGAGCAGAAGAAGGAGGGUACUGAAGAGGAGGCGGUCAUGGUCGAGGCCGCAGAGCUGGAUGAGAACGACCCCCGACACUACGACGUCCGAAAUGGCGUCGCUCAUGGUUACUGGAAGGACCUGCUCAAUAUUCUGGCACUCGCCGUCAAUGACGUUUUCAACGAGACCAACGACUACCAGAAUAUCCUCAACUGCGAUCAGCGUAUGGAUAAGGCCAUCUCGGGCCUCGACAAGGACUUGGGCAAGGUCCGGAGGCGCGAGAUCCGCACGAAGCGCCACGAGGCUGCGACACAUCACUUCGAGAACAUAGCUGCCUACCGCGCUCUCCACCUGGCAGUGGCGCGACUCUUUGCCGAGCAGCUUCAGCGGGACCUGGCUGCAAUGCGCGGUGAUGACGCGCAGGCCAAGAAGAACAUCUCCCUCUGCGCGAAGUGGGCUCCCUCGGCCGAGCGGUUCCACGACAAGCACACCUUCGUCGUCUCGUCCAUCGCCGAGAUCAUGCACCCGGCAUCCAGCUUCGAUACCGCCGACCGCGACACCUACCUGCGAUAUGCGCGCGAGGCAUACCGCAAGGACGUCUCGAAGCUCCGCGAGCACCUCGACAUCGUCGAGCGCAAGAUCACGGCCAACAAGCUCGAUGAGAUCAAGUACGACCGCAUCCCCUCCGUGGCCAUGCACAACUACUCUCCUGUCUUCGCUAAGAAGGACACGGAGCGCUUCGAAAAGUACAUCGAGAACGUCGCUAGCGGCAAGGUCAACAUCUCGGGCGCCACCCUCCUGCCCUCCAAGCUCGUCUCCCUCGUGCGCAACCCGCAUCGUCAGGCUGGUGGUCCUCGAAAGGGAGGCAAGGGCUCUACUGAAAACAAGCUACUCGCUGGGAAGAUGCUGGAGCUGCAACUCAAGGUCGCCGACGCGCAGUGGAACGCCCUGGUGCAGCGCAUCAAGGACUCGGGCACCCUCGAGAACUGCAUCGCCGUGUGCGACGUCUCGGGCUCCAUGGGCGCGCCCGUCUUCCGCGACGGCACGUGCCCCAUGGACUCGGCCAUCGGACUGUCCCUGCUCAUGGCCGAGGUCACAGGCGCCCCCUUUGGCGGCCACUUCAUCACCUUCUCGGCCGACCCGGAGGUCCAGAGCGUCGACCUCGAGGCCAGCCUCUCUGAGAAGGUGACGGAGAUCAUGCGCGCCCCCUGGGGCAUGAACACGGACUUUGUCGCCGUCUUUGAGGACCUCAUCCUGCCCAUGGCCCAGCGGAACAAGCUCCGGCAGGACGAGAUGGUCAAGCGCGUGUUUGUGUUUAGCGACAUGCAGUUCGAUGAGGCGUCGAUGCGGAAGCGAAACGGCCGCGGCGGCGACAGGUGGUCCACCUCGUACGAGCGGAUUGAGAGUGCGUUCAAGGACGCUGGCUACGAGAUGCCCGAGAUGGUGUUUUGGAACCUCGCUGGCGGCCGGGCGGGCGGCGGCGGCGGCGGCGGAGGAGAUCCCACGGCGCCCAAGCCCGUGACGAUGGAGCAGCCCGGCACGGCGAUGGUGAGCGGCUACUCGCAGGCCAUGCUCAAGGUAUUCUUGGACAACGGAUCCUUUGAGGACGCGGAGGAGGAUGAGGACGAGGCGGUGGUUGUCGAGGAGGGUGAGGACGGCGACGAGGAGGCCGUGGUCCAGGUGCGCAAGAAGGCCAGGCUGGAUCCGGUGAGCAUCAUGAAGAAGGCGAUCGGACACAAGGCGUAUGCCAUGCUCAAGGUUGUUGACUGA